AUGUCAUCCCGAUCUGAGAAGGGUAAGGGUAAGAAGACCCGACGCCCAAGAGCAGUAGUAUGCCAGUCUCCUCAGACAGCAGUGUGCCCCCCCCCCCCACAGAGUCAGUUAGCAGGUUACAUGUCCAUGGCCAGUACCCAACCUCUUACGUCAUUACUCUCCUCUCAGGGGAGGCCUAUGUCUGGGUCACCAUCUUUUAUUCGCCCACCUAUGGACUUUAGUUAUCCGUUUCAGCAGACUGCAGGACCUAGUUUUUCAUCAUACCAGCAGACUGGAGGAUAUAGUUUUCCACCUAACACACAGGUGCCCCCAGGAUUCCAGCAGACUGGAGGAUCUGCUAGCUUUCCACCUAACACACAGGUGCCCCCAGGAUUCCAGCAGACUAGAGGAUCCCACACUCCAUAUCCCACACAGGUGCCCUUAUCCUUCCAGCAGACACCGAUGCCCCCACGCUUCCAGCAGACUGGGGGAUCCCACACCCCGCAUCCCACUCAUAUACCUGCACGUGAGGAUGAUCAUGUGGAGCCGGGUGGGGAUGAUACUGUGCAGGAUGCAGAUGAUGUUCAGUCUGAUGGUGACGAUGUUCAGGGGGAGGAUGAUCCGAGUGAGAUUCAUAUCAUUGACGGUAGAUAUUAUAUUUGGCCCGCUGGAAAUUCGUUUGGGCCGAGUCGAACUGCUGCCAGGUGUGUGUACUAUGUGAUUCAGCAAAUGUAUAAAGAAGCUUGGACGACUUUUGGAGAUGUUACAAAUAAAGAUGCUUGGUUUAAUUGCUUUAAGGAAAAGUGUACGUGGGAUCCAAUGAGCGAGAAACUUGUUAAAAAAAAUUAUUUCAGCAGAACAUCAAAAAGACUUUCUGACACGUUGCGAAAUGUUAGAAAGCGUUGGGAACGUGAUGGUAGUCGUCCUGGGUGGUUGGGCCAAGAAGUUCUUGAAAAACUUAUUGCAUAUUGGAAUUCAAAGGAAUUUAAAGCUAAGUCUGAAAAUGCUAAAAAAAUGAGGGCAUCUGAAAAAGGAGGUCACCUUAAUGCAGUUGGAAGUAUAAGCACUUACGAACAUUCUCGACGCAUGGCUAAAAGGUUGGGGAGACAACCACUCAUGAUCGAGUUGGUUAAAGAAACUAGGACAAAAAAAUCGGGUGAUUUAGUUGACGAGCGUACUCGAAAAGCUUUGGAGGAUUAUCAAACAAAGCUUGUGGAUUUUUUGGUCGCUAAUCCCAAAUAUACUUCUAGAGAAGGAGAGCCGCUUCAUCAAGAUGUUGAUUUUUAUAUUUGGAGUGAAGUCAUUGACGGAAAAGGGCCUAAUGGAUGUUUUUUUGGUGCGGGAAAUUUGGCGGGAAGCUUGAGAAGUGGAGAUUGA